GUCAGCUGACUGUGUCAAAGUCAAUACGAGCCCUGAGACUGCUUUAGGUUUUGGACAAAACUUGAAUGAUUAAUUUGAUCAUUCUCCAAACUACUAGUAGUACUACAACUAAAAUAGUUCAAUUUAGCAGAGUUCGUGUUUGAUAGUGGCUUUCGUCCAGUCCGUAGCUUGAAUACGGGAAUCACUUGCAACAAAAAAAUUAUUGCGAUGGAAAUAACUUUUCGUUCGUGUCGUUUGAUCAACCGGCUUUUGAGAAAACCCCUCGCUUUAACAAGUUACAGAAGUGUAGUUAAUGUCGCGGCCAAAGAUGAAGUGAAUACCGAGCUACUGACGAGUUUCAAUAAAGAUAUUCAAGAUGGAGGUGCAGUGCCGGUGUUCCGUCGCGCUCUGCUGUUCCCGACCCGGGUCGCCUUGCAAGACGAAGUCGGGAUCUACACAUACGCGGGCCUCUAUCAAGCCGCUGCAGCGCUGAGCACCGAAAUAUCUGCGCAACUUGUUGGUGAAACAGAAAGGACGAUAGCUUAUAUGUGUGGCAACGACGCUUCGCAUGUCAUCGUGCAAUGGGCUAUAUGGAUGACGGGGAAUAUUGCCGUCCCUUUAACUCCUCUGCAUCCACCGGAGAUGUUAAAGUAUUUCCUUACGGAUAGCAUGUCGACGAUAGUUAUAUGCACCCAAGAUUACGAAAAGCUUCUGCGUCCAAUCGCCCUUGACCUCUCCAGGCCUUUACUGGUCACCGGGAAAGAUAAAGAGAUAACGGCUCAACUGUACCAGCCGAAUAGCGCUUUCAUGAAACCGAGGGUAGUUGAUAAUUUGAGCGACGUGGGUAGAUCGAACUCUUGGUACGGAUCGAAGGAUGCGCUUAUCAUUUACACCAGCGGUACGACCAGUAAGCCGAAGGGCGUGGUCUGGACGCACAGCAUGCUGCAGACGCAGAUUGCAGCGCUGCACAGCGCCUGGCAUUACAGCGGCAACGACGUCGUCUUACACACGCUGCCGUUACACCACAUACACGGGCAGCUGAACUCGAUGCUCGCGUCUCUGGCCGCCGGCGCCAGAAUACGGAUGCUGCCUUCGUUCGUAUCGCACGCGGUGUGGGCCCGCCUCCUCGGCAUGGGCGAGAGGGACGACUCCAAAGUGAGCGUGUUCCACGGCGUGCCGGCCAUGUACAUGCGGCUGGCGGCCGACCACGACAAGAUGUUCGCGGACGCCCGCACCGCGGAGUACGUGCGGAACACGCUCGCCACCCGCGUGAGGCUCAUGUGCGCGGGAUCCGCUCCGCUACCCAGCACGCUCUUCGACAAAUGGGAAAAGAUAUCGGGACACCGUCUCCUCGAGCGGUACGGGAUGACGGAGGUGGGUAUGGCGCUGAGCAACCCGUACCGUCCGCUGGAGGGUCGCACGGUGAGCUGCGUGGGGGCUCCGCUGCCGGCCGUCAGCGCCAGGAUCGCGACCACCGGCACCCUCGAGCCGCUCGUCACUGUCGAGUCUCCAGCCCCCGAUUUGUUGCUCGGCUUGGCCAAGGAUGGCUCCGGAGAUGAAUACCGGUGGGAUCGGCCCAAGGUCACUGUGCACGCGCAGAGCGAGACCGAAGUCUAUGAAGGGGAGCUGCUGCUGAAAGGUCCUGCAGUGUUCUCCAGAUACUGGAACCGCGCGCCGAAAUUAAACUCGGACGAUUUCACGUCGGACGGCUGGUUCCGCACCGGCGACACCGCCUCGUACGACGGCAAGUUCAAGAUCCUGGGCCGCACGUCCGUGGACAUCAUCAAGACGGGCGGGUACAAGGUGAGCGCCCUGCAGGUCGAGUCGGCCAUCUUGGAGCACCCCGACGUCGAGGACGUGGCGGUGCUCGGCUUCGAGGAUGAAAGCUUCGGGGAGAUGGUCACGGCGGUGGUCGUGCUAAAAGAGAACAAAAAGCUGACCCUAAAAGACCUCAAGGACGAGGCCGGCAAGCGACUGGCGCCCUACCAGCUGCCCAAAGUCUUGCUGGUGGUGGAGCAGAUGCCGAGAAACGCUAUGGGCAAACUCGACAAGAAGGAGAUCAGAAGACUGUACGGUGAUAAACUUGGAACCAAAAAGUAGAUUGUCUUGAAACAGUAGCUUUUAUCAAUAAGACUUCAUAUUUUCUUGCAUUUGAACCUAAGUGUUUUCAUUGAUAUUUUUUGGUCGUUUAUUAUAAAGUGAACAGGGUUCAACAGAAAGGACCCAAACCGUUACAAAUAUGUCAGCAUCAAACUGGUAUUCAGAAAUGAACGAAUGAAACAACUGAAUUUGAAACUGUUAUAUCUGUAACGAUUCUUAAUAUCGUUCUAUUGUUACUAUUUGAAUUUUACGGCUUUUUAUGUGUUGGUUACUUUUCGUCGAACGACAUCCUAGAGACCUGAGUGAGACAAAGUGCCACAAGCUCUUUGAGUGGAAGGUGAGAAUCGAUUUUCUGAAUUACGACAUACGUCAUCUGUGAUACGAACGGAUUCUUAACUCGUUCAAAUUUAUUGAUAGUCCACAGAAUGAAUAAAACAUGUUACAUUCUAAUUGAGUCGACUAUUAUCAAAGCCGGCAAUGUGACUUUUGGACAAUUAUUGGUAAAUCAGAAAAACGAAUUAUUGACUUUGUAUUCCAUUGGCAGUCACAAAACUCUUCUGAACGACAUCUUAGAUAAAUAACAGGUUAAGUAUUAACCUUUAUUUAAUGCAGGUUUUGAACCGUAUUCUUUGAAGGAGACGAUUAUAUUCAAAUCAAUCUGUAUUGACAUAUCAAUAACAUUUUUUUGUCCAAAUGCACAGAUUGCCACCUUUGAUAAUAGACGACUCAAUUGUGCAAUUCUUAGUGAAAAUCACAGAUUUGGCUCAGCAUAAAAUUAUCGACGCUUGAAAGGCAAACGUGACUAAGCGACAAUAACUGCUUUGCACAUAAAUGAUACGCAAUAUCCAUAUUCGAUGCGCAAAAAUAAAAAUAUUUCUAUUAUUUUAUUAUCCUAUUAAAAACAUUUCAAUCCUACAGCUAGAUUCAUUAAAAUAAAAAAAAAAAUCAGGUAUUUCAAUUUUAAAUUAGUCUACUGUAAAGGGAACUUUUUGGCGGGAACGCGAGGAGUGAAGUUGUGUGAUUUGUUUUAUUUUGUCUAUUUAGUGUUUCUUCAGGUUUAAAUGUGUAAUAAUGGUGGUUUAUUAACUGUUUAAUAUCUGUGAUAGUGCACAAAUGUGGGAAAAUGAAACAAAGCUGCUGGACGUAACUUCUCGGGUUCCUCCAAAAAGUCCACUGAAAAAAUCUCAGUAAAUGACCACCAUUUUACUGCGAUUAUAUUUCAUCCCAUAUCAUCUCAUUUCAUUUAAUUUAAUUUCAUCCCAGUUGAUUAGUGUCUCAAAUUAAUCAUCUUCAUUUCAUUUCACUCCAUAAUAUCAUUUUUCAUAAAAAUAUGAAUAUAAAUUAAAAUAAGACAUGACUUAAAGGUCUCAGUUACCAGGUCAUAAAAUCCCUUAAAAUCUAGUGUAAAGUUCACGCAUUGUCGCUUAGUCGUGUUUGCCUUUCAAGCAUCGAUAUAUUCUUGUCUAUAUCUAUAUCCGCUAAUCGUCAAUAGAUGGCGUUACACUUCUCGAACGUUUCCGAUAGUAUUCGUUGUUUGGACAUUCGUUUCUGGUAUUCGCCGACAGAUGGCGAUACUUGUACCCGACAUAAUAACACUGGUCUAAAUAAUUUGAUCUAGCGUAUUUUAUUUGUCAUUAAAAUUGUAUCCGACGUCUGAUAUUGUUCGUAUUUGUCGAAAUUUGUAUAUUGUUCUUCAACGCCUAACACUUUAGUCCUUUAGUACGGCAAAGAGAACUCAAAUCAUCAUCAUCAUCAUCAUGCUUUCCUAUUACCCUCUGCUGGGGUGUAGGGCUCGAAUCAAAUUUUUCCAUUUAUAUCGGUCUUGGGCAGUCUGUUCUAGCUCCUCCCACGUCAUGCCCAAGACCCCUAGCUCCUGCUCCACCGAGCGACGCCAAGUUGUUCUGGGGCGGCCUCUCUUCCUUUUACCAGACACUUUCCAGGUCAGUGAAUACUUUUGGGUCAAGAGAACUCAAAAGUAUUCGAAAAGUCGGACAUAAUGUACUGACAAUAAAAACUACGAUAUUAAAUUGAAAAAAAAAUUUAUAUCGUUUAUAUCAUAUUGUUAUGAAUUAACCAUUUUAUGUAUUUGUUUUGUUUAUAUUUCUUUAAUAAUAUCCAUUACAGCGUGGUUUUUUGUGCGGUAUAUAUAAUUUUUUUUUAAAUUGUAAAUUUUGAUUAACUACAUGCGUGGCUCGCGCCAAAAACGAAUUUCGUCUGUGAUUGUUUUUGAGAUAAUGGCUAUGUGAUGGAUUCAUUAAGAAAAGUUGUUAGGGCGAACUGUGAGACCGCACGUGUCGAUUGCGUGGUCCUGUGUCUGCUGCGAAGUUUUUUUUUUUAUAGAAAACAGAGGCUGAGGAAACUUUUCUUUUAAGACUUUUUACUGGUGGUAGGACCUCUUGUGAGUCCGCGCGGGUAGGUACCACCGCCCUGCCUAUUUUUGCCGUGAAGCAGUAAUGCGUUUCGAUUUGAAGGGUGGGGCAGCCAUUGUAACUGUACUUGAGACCUUAGAACUUAUAUCUCAAGGUAGGUGGCUCAUUUACAUUGUGGAUGUCUUUGGGCUCCAGUAACCACCACCAGUAACACCAGGUGGGCUGUGAGCUCGUCCACCUAUCUAAGCAAUAAAAAAUAAAAAAUCCGUACAGGCGUUCCUCUUUUUUCGUCAACAUCAUCCUCAUUCGACCUUUUACGUCAUUUAGUUUCUACCGUAUGUCUAAUUUUUCACCUGGCUUCAUUACGUACAACAAACACAUUUUGUUAGUAGAAUAAAAACUAAACACAAAGUAUACUUAAAAAAAAUAUGAUUCGCUUCUUUGUCAUAAAACGGGGAAAACAAAACAUAAAUAAAGAGAUAUAUAUAUAUGGUCCAUUCUGAAAAUGUGUCUUUUCGUAGUAGGUAUUCGAGCAAAUUUGAGAUAAUAUACAUUUAGAAUUAUAUUCGUUAUACAUAUAUUUAAUAAUAUACACAGAAAUAUAAUUUUAGUCUGAUAGAGAAUUGUUACGAUUUAUUUACUUUUUUUUUUGGUCUAAGUAAAAACAUUUGUGGAUUUGUUAUGAUUUGAUGAAACUGAAAUGUAACUCCAAAAGCGACACUAAAAGAGAUAAGCAUAUAGGUUUCGCCUGCACGAGAAUGAGAUAGUAAUAUAUCUGACGGUUUCGCUUUUAACUCAUGUGAACUGCACAGAUUAGGCUAUUUAUUUAUUUUUUCAUCUCGCAACACUUCAACAUUAUGAAUGUUAUGUAAUAUCAUACCUACAGAACUUUAAAAAUCACAAAUAUUUAUGCAAUUAGCAUUUUAAAUUUAAACAAACCAGACUGAUUGUUGGAAAUUGUUGUUAAUAAAUAAUAAAUAUUAAAUGAAAUGAAAA